UUCAAAACGCAACGUUUCAUACGAUCUCAUUCACAGCCAGACCAAUCAAGUGUUGACCAAGAUUUUGAGAAGCUAGGAGAAUGAACAAUCUGGAAGAACAAGCCAAGAUAGUUAACGCAACAGAACAACGGGCGCCACAAUCUGACAUGGCAGCAGCAUCCGCCGCAAUGGACGGAGUGGCAGCGGCGGCUCUUCGCUCCGUGCUCCAGCGGGUCCAGCAAGCAGUGGAGCGGGCUGGGCGCGACUCCCAGCAGAUCCGAGUAGUGGCCGUCAGUAAGACCAAACCGGUGUCUGUUAUCCGCCAAGUCUACGACGCCGGUCAUCGGUUUUUCGGCGAAAACUACGUUCAAGAAAUCGUCGAAAAAGCUCCUCAGCUUCCGGGGGACAUAGAGUGGCAUUUCAUUGGGAAUUUACAGAGCAAUAAAGCGAAACCUCUACUUGCGGGUGUACCAAACCUUGCGAUGGUAGAAAGUGUAGAUGAUGAGAAGAUUGCCAAUCAUCUUGAUCGUGUGGUUGGAAAUUUGGGCCGGAAACGUUUGAAGGUCUUAAUCCAAGUAAAUACCAGUGGAGAAGAAUCAAAAUCUGGGGUUGAGCCCUCAGCAUGUGUGGAACUAGCAAAACAUGUGAAUCAGAAUUGCCAAAACCUUGAGUUUUGUGGCCUAAUGACAAUUGGAAUGCUUGACUAUUCAUCAACCCCAGAAAACUUCAAGACAUUAGCGAACUGCAGAAGUGAGGUUUGCAAGGCACUUGGUAUGCCAGAAGAACAAUGUGAACUCUCAAUGGGCAUGUCUAAUGACUUUGAGCAAGCUAUCGAAAUGGGAAGUACCAAUGUGAGAAUUGGAUCUACUAUAUUUGGGCCUAGAGAAUACCCGAAGAAGCAAUAAAACAAGGCUGCCCUUUGCUUGCUUCUUUCUUCUGUCCUCACUGGGAAGGUUCUGGGCAUGUUUCAUCUGUCGUUCUGGAAGAAGCCUACCCUGCUUUAUUGAUAUUUAAUGGCCAGAAAUGUCUAACAAACUGUUUCAUAUGUAGAUUGAACGGCAAAAUAAUAACACUCUGUACUUGAAAUGUUCACUAUAUUAUACAUGGAAGUAAUCUUGAUUUA